CGACGCCAUUCGGGGCACAGGCCCUUGCAUUGUUGGUGUCAUUAAGCCCACCACUAUAAUUUCUAUUCUCUCUCUCUUUUCUUUGCGCUCUGUGAUUAAACACACAACACGGAACACAACAGCAUUCUGAAAACAAGAAAAGAAAAUAUGGGGAGCUUGAGAAGAAGCUUGAUCAGCCUGCACCGAGCCCUCAAAUCCAGCAAUUCAAUCUCGCCUACUGAAACCCUUCUCAGGCCUCAAUAUGGGUAUGGUUUGGUUCAGCGUUCUUAUUCCAUCAGCACCACCAGCAAUCUCGAUAUCGACCUCUCGAACCAGGAGAGCAAGAGGCGCUUGUUUAACAGACUAAUAUAUAGGAGCAAGCAGAGAGGGUUCUUGGAGCUGGAUUUGGUUCUGGGCAAAUGGGUGGAGGAGCAUAUCCAUUCCAUGGAUGAAAAUGGAAUUAAAUCUCUUGUGGACGUCCUUGACCUGGAAAACCCAGAUCUGUGGAAGUGGUUAAGUGGCCAGGAGCAACCCCCUGAGGCACUCAAGACUAAUCCUGUUUUUACUGCUUUGCGCAACAAGGUCUCGAGCAACCUGAACAGCUACGCUGCUCCAGAGACACGGGCAACACCUGGGCAGCCAUGGGUUAGAGGAUGGGAUGAUAUAAAGAAAGGCCAGGGCGGCCCUAUAACCGGGAACCAGUAGUUCUGCCGUCACCUUUUCAAGCUAAAUUCCAAAUAGUGCGUUCAUUUGUAAUGAGUUUGCAACGAAAAAUGUAAAAGUUUUAAUGCCUAGUCUUAAUUUAAAUAACAUUGGCAAUACAAUAAAAUAUGCCCCAUGGUUCUCAUUUUAGAUUGUAAAAUAGCAUAUAGUUCAUACACUUGAUCUGA